GGAGGCCCGUCAGGUCUUUUGUCAUUUCCUCUUGCUUCACACUCAGCUGACAGUGUAGGGUUUGAUAAAAACAAAACACAAACAAAAAACAUCAAAGAGUGGAAAUCCCGGUGGAUUAGUGGAGAGAGUCAGCAGUGUGUGCGUGGGAUCAUGCUGGAGGACUGACACGCGCUCGUGACUUGCUGGAGCGUGCGCGGCCCUGGGCUUCCUGCUGAGAUCUGCUUCAUCACUUUAAGCGAUCAUCUGAGGAUGUGUCUGCUUUCUUUAUCAUUCACUGCUCUUCAUGGCUGUUUCAGGUAGGAAGUUGCGCAGGGGGACGUCACUGAGGAGUGAUGCCUGUUGAAAGUGGAAGCAGCGCAGCCGGCCGUCCAGUCAAACAGAAGCGCAAGUCGCACAGUCUCUCCAUUCGGAGGACCAACAGCACGGAGCAGGAGCGACCAGGCAUGCAGAGAGACAUGCUGGAGGGACAGGACUCCAAGUUGCCGAUGGCCUUAAGGAGUAACUUACUGGACCUGUUCGGACAGAUUGAACGGGAGUUUGAAAAUCUCUACAUCGAAAACUUAGAACUGCGGAGAGAGAUUGAUUCGCUAAACGAACGUUUGGCUGGAGAAGGACAGACAGUCGAUGGUGGCGAUCUCAGCAAAGGAGCCCUGAAAACAAAAGCUAGUCACAGCACAAGUCAGCUGUCCCAGAAGCUGAAGACGACAUACAAGGCCUCCACUAGCAAGAUCGUGUCCAGUUUCAAAGCCACCACGUCUCGUGCAGUGUGUCAGCUGGUCAAGGAGUACGUGGGACACCGGGAUGGGAUAUGGGACCUGGCCGUGACUCGGGUUCAGCCGCUGGUUCUUGGCACAGCUUCAGCCGAUCACUGCUCCAUGCUGUGGAGCAUCGAGACUGGAAAGUGCCUGCUGAAAUAUGCUGGUCACGCUGGAUCAGUCAACUCCAUUAAGUUCCACCCAACAGAGCAGAUGGCUCUGACAGCGUCUGGGGACCAGACGGCACACAUCUGGCGUUACAUGGUACAGCUGCCGCUUCCCCAGCCCCCAGCAGACACCAGUGCCUCUCUGGACGAUGACGGGGACUUCUCUGAUAAAGACGAGGCCGACGGCGAGGCAGAGGGCCCCAGUGAAUGCCCCACCAUCCGUGUGGCCACCACCACCUUGAAGAGCCACCAGGGGGUGGUGAUCGCAGCUGAUUGGCUGGUGGGAGGAAAGCAGGUGGUCACUGCGUCCUGGGACAGAGCUGCCAACCUCUAUGAUGUAGAGACCUCUGAGCUGGUGCAUGCCCUCACAGGUCAUGAUCAAGAGCUGACCCACUGCUGUACUCAUCCCACCCAGCGUCUGGUGGUCACCUCAUCCAGGGACACCACCUUCCGGCUGUGGGACUUCAGAGAUCCCUCCAUCCACUCCGUCAACGUCUUCCAGGGCCACACCGACACGGUGACGUCUGCCGUGUUCACCGUUGGGGACAAUGUGGUGUCGGGAAGUGACGAUCGCACUGUCAAGGUGUGGGACUUGAAGAACAUGAGAUCUCCGAUUGCUACCAUCCGCACCGACUCAGCCGUUAAUAGGAUAAGUGUCUCGGCGAACCAAAGAAUCAUCGCUCUGCCACAUGACAACAGACAGGUCAGGCUGUUCGACAUGAGCGGGGUCCGUCUGGCCCGUCUCCCUCGGAGCAACAGACAGGGCCAUCGGCGGAUGGUGUGCUGCUCUGCCUGGAACGAGGAGAACCAAGCUUGUAAUCUGUUCACCUGCGGCUUCGACCGUCAGGCCAUCGGCUGGAACAUCAACAUCCCGGCCCUGCUGCAGGAGAAGUGACACGCUCGCCGUUCAGUUUCACACAUACAAGCUUAACACGUUCGUCAGUGCCACACCUGCAGUAGAUUUUAAAAGAACACAUUCACGUUGCAUGUGGCCCGACUCAGUUUUUCAUCCCAGUUUGGCGUCUGUGGUCUCUGACUCGUGGUCACCAUCACCAUCGUAUGUGGAAAAAAACUCAAUUUCAUGGAUAU